AAGUUCGACUUCUUUUCAACACCUACUACAUACAACAGUUUACAAAAAUAUUCCAGCUGUUACAAACAUGAAGAAUAUUGUCGACGUAUUGUCUUUGCAAAAUCGGACACAAGAAAAUAAAUUGCAAAAAGUCAAACCAACAGACUACAGAAAAACUGACAAACCUGGCGUUGUGGCACGAUUUUUAUUUGAAUGUGCUAUUAAAUUACAAAUUAAACCUCUGACUUCAGCCGGUGCUGCUAUAAUUUAUCAUCGUUUCUUUAGAGAAGUAGAUACAGCUGAUUAUGAUGAAUAUCUCAUUGCUGCAUCAUCCCUUUAUUUGGCUGGCAAAAUUAAAGAUGAUCCUGUUAAAAUUCGAGAUGUUAUAAAUGUCGCACACAGUACUCUUAAUCGAGGAGCUUCUCCCCUAGAGCUGGGCGAUGAGUAUUGGUCGAUGCGUGAUGCUAUUGUUCAGGCUGAGUUAUUGAUAGCUCGUACAUUGAAAUUUGAUUUAAAUAUUGAACAUCCUCAUAAGUUUUUACUGUACUAUAUGAAAACACUACAAGACUGGUUGGGUAGCAAUGUUUGGUCUUCGGUGCCCAUUGCUAAAACAGCAGCGUCAUUUUUACAAGAUUUUCAUCAUUCUGCCAAAAUACUAAAUCACAAACCUACACAUAUUGCCAUUUGCUGUCUAUCGUUGGCCCUACAAACGUACGGUGUACAAGUGCCACUUACUGAUGAAUCUGACGAUCAAUCAAUGUGGUAUACACCAUUUGUUUCAGAUAUAAGCAAGGAUAAACAUUGGGAAAUAAUUGAGGACAUUAUAGAAGUCUAUAAACAGGAAACUGAUAUCAAUAAUAUUUAAUUGAUUUACUACAA